AUGUACCAAAUAAUCGACACUAGUCUUAUUUGUCCGGUCAAGAGAGGAAGCGAGCACCAGAGACCUAUGGCUCGCCACCGUACAGAGACAUCGGAUAAGAUGACUUUUGAGCCUUCACCCUUGGAAAGCAGAAAUCUUUUUAUCCGAGCUCCCAGCCUUGAUUACCCACCGAACGGUCCCAUCAAGAUUGGCAACGUCAUCACCGACAUGUUUCGUCCUCAAGACCCCAUUGCGCAACUCGAGCCUCUCGCGGAGAUCAUCACUAUGGCAAGCUCAAACGAAGGCACACGGAAGCGUGGCGAUCAUGGCUCUGCAAGGUUAGACGCAUCCGCUAAACUCUGUGCAGCAUUUGGCAGUCAGGCAAAAGGGAAACGUAGCACGAAUAUGAGAACGGUGUAUGACUUCAACAAUGUUGAAACAUUGAUGCUAGAAAGAAACCCACGGGUGACGGAGAUAAUCGCGCUAUGCGACGCGGAACCCAAAGUGCAGUAUGCGCUCAAGAGACGACCUAUCUACGUCAUCACUGGCCUGAAAGUUGCAAGAGGUCUGAGAUAUUCUAUCAUACAAUCCAGAGAAAGCGAGGUUGGGUUGAGCACACAAGGCAACGUGACUAAAGAGGAUGCGGUCCAAGCCCAUCUGGAUAGCAGCGCCGGCACAGAUGGCACCGAGUCGUAUACUGUGUUCGGUGAUGUCAUUCUAGCCUAUCGGCUGCAUGUCAUCAAGAAAGCGGGUUGGAAACGGAGAGGCGAAGCCGAUUUGAAGAUUGGGGCAGGAUUCUUGAGCACAGAAGAGAUGAGACUGGAAGGUGAAGUGGAGACAAAAUCGCUGUCGGCGCAAGAUCUGAAGCACUUUGCUGAAGAUGAGGGAUAUGAGACCGGAAGCAUCUUAAUGACAGAUGAUGAGGAAGCGUGGUCGAUGGCAUGUGUCGAGGAUUAG